CACAAGAAAUAAUCCGUCUUUUAUUUUCAUUUUUCCUAAAUUUUAACUUUCCACAUUUUUGAUAUAGAAACACAACAACGACUGAAGGACUGAAGUAGUCGUAUCCCUUAUCACUCCUUCUGAUAUAAGAGCUUUCAACAUUUAAAUUGCUAGUAAGCCGAGUGGAAAUUGAGUAAAAUGAAGCACGGGGGUCAGCGACAUGAUGCAUCUAAAUUCAUGGUACCUCAACUAGGGCUCAUAGCUUAAAUAAAUCAUCUGUCAGCUUACAUGCUACAUUUAUAUCCCCCAGCCAUCGCAGUGAAGCGUGCGCAAAGUUGCCUGCAGAUAAGUGGCAGGGUCAUUAAUUUUGGCCAACCCCCAUUUCUGAAUCGAUUUGAUUGGAGACAUUGUAUUGUGUGCGAUCGUUACCGCCAGGAUGCAUGAAUUUUGUGCUCACCCUUGUUUGAAGAUGUAAAUGAAUGCAAUCAAUCGCCUUUCCAGCUUCAAAAUUUAUCGUCUUUCUUAUUUUAUCCGUUUAUUUUUUGGUUUGUCUUUUCCUGUCGCCAACUGAUAACAAUGUCCUGAUAUUUCCAUUGUCGUUAUGACCUCUUCUAAUUGGAAUCCAACUUGGCUUCCAUCAGACUUGAUUGAGUGGUGGGGUCAAACCUGUAAGCUAAUGGAGUGUAUUGCAUUGUAUUAGUUGUAUACUAAGAUACUUUAGCCGUCGUGGUUGGAAACUGGCUUUAUAUCGAUGGCGGCGAGAUAUGGGGAAAAUCUUUCUCCCAAGAUAACUCACCCCGUAUGUCCCACAGUGAUAUAUAGUUCUGUUUAUUCGGCUAACUUCUUACCUCUGUAGUAUUAUGCAGCUUUUCAAUUGACUUAUCUUCUUCAUGGAAUACGAGUGAUUAUGCCGCCCAAAUAUUUGCUCAUCCCAACAUUAGUCGAUCCGGACCAGAAGCAGCGGACAUGAUGACAAGAAGACCAACUAUGUGGUAUGAUCCAGUCCAAAAAUCAAUAUUCAGAUUUGGUGGUUGGUCAUAUUACAGUCCUCCGGUGGCAGUAUACUGGUCUCCUGUCAAUGAUCAAGGGAAUGUCAAUUGGACAGUAAAAUACACUGGUGGUAUUCACCAAAGCUCUAGUGUAGCUUCGUUUUCAGGAUUCACCUCGGCUUCGUACGCGCUUUGGGUGGCUACUCCGAAUUCAUAUUACAGUUUAGGUGGUAAUAUGGUUGGAUCGACCGAUCCUGGACUUGUAGGUCUAGGAAACAAUUCAGUACCAAUGACUGGAAUCGUGGAGUAUAAUUUUGAAAAGGAACUAUGGACCAACUCAAGUAGUACCGACUACGGCGGAACAGUAUUUGGUGGGCAUUCAGGUUUUGGAUCGGGAGGAGAAGGCUUGUAUGUGCCCAUUUUUGGGCAAGAGGGCAUUCUUGUCUUUUUAGGUGGAGAUGCGCCUUUUACUCAAGUAACGUCAUCAAAAGGCAGUAACCCGGUUCCCAUGAAUCAGAUUACCAUUUACGAUAUUCAGUCUCGAAAAUUCUAUCUGCAGAGCGCAGGAGGUGACAGCAUUCCCUUUCCGAGGACGAAUUUUUGCGCCGUCGGAGCGGGUUCUUCCGAAAAUUCUACCUGGGAGAUGUAUGUAGAACUUUCGAACGUUGAGAUUGCAUUCUAACAUGAACAGAUUUAUAUAUGGAGGAUUUCAUUUGGGAGAUAUCAACAGCUUUGGUCUUGACAAGGUGUAUAUCCUGACGCUUCCUGCAUUCCAAUGGUUUGAAGCUCCCGCAACAGGUGGCACAGUACGAAGCAGUCAUCAUUGUCAAAUCAUCGGCCAGCGACAAAUGUUAAGUAUAGGGGGUCAUGGUAACGACUAUGAUGAUCAAGAUCCAUGGAAAAGUGGAAUGGGAAUAUUUGACAUAACAGAGUUGACUUGGGGUUUUAAUUACGAUUCCGAUGCUGCCGCUUAUGCUACUCCCGCUCUCAUCACAAACUACUAUAAUACAUCCAGUCGAUUCCCGACUUUCGAUAAUGCGAGUCUAGAGGCAGUUAUCAAAUACAUUCAAACAAAUUCAUCCGUAACUCUCAACAAUUCAACUGCAGGUCCUUCCUCUACGAAUAAUUCUACACACACGUCGGGAGGAAUCUCAUACGCCGGUGCUUCAUCACAGAAGUCGAAUGUUGGUGCUAUAGCAGGAGGUAUAGCAGGCGGCGUCGCAGUUGCAAUUUUAGCUAUUCUUGGCUAUUUAUUUUGGCGGCGGCGACAAAAACAAGAAGAAAUUAAUUUCGCUAAAUUAACAUACGAUUCUACUUCAGUCCUUCCUGCAAAUACAACAGGCAUGCAUGAAAUGGAUGAGCAGCGUCGGAUUGCAGAAUUGAAUGCUGGACUUCGUCCGGAGAUGGAUGAGCAGAGGGGUAUAUCGGAGUUAAAUGGCGGUGUAAUGUGGGAAAUGGAUGGGAGUUGUAUGGCUAAUCAAAGAGCCGGGAAGAUUUCAAGAUGAUGCCUUGUACUCAGUCUGUUUUCUUACAGACUCUUUUCUUUUGCUAUAAUGAUGUGAUCUACCCAUCAGAAUCGGAAGAUGACCCGAUUUCACAGAAAUCGGAGGUAGAAAAUUCUAAUAUUUUAUCUAUAUUGAACAAAAUUUCGAAAUUUUCAUAUAAGAAUUAUAAAUAUUUUUCUUAUAUAUCUUUAUUAUAAAUAUAAUAUAUAAUUAAUUUAAAAACAAAAUUGAAGCUUCAAAGUUGGAAUAUUAAAAUUGAUUAUAGAAAUU